CCGCUCCGGUCUGACGGCUUCUCAGUCAGUCAGAGCGCGCGGAGCAGAGUAGCGGGCGCACCGUGACAACAACGACCUUGAGACACACAGGGGCUUCAUGGGGCUGUAAGGUCUGAACCUGAACAGGGAACCCUCCCCACACCCGCGGGACAGUUUGAUCUUCCAGUACUCUCUCCUCCUCGGACAUGGAGACUCCCUUUUGCUGUUGGCUGCUCUUCACAGCGCAGCUGCUUCUCGGCUGCCAACAAGUUGAGAUGUACUCGUACAGAAAUCAACGCAAGUUCGCAGAAGACAUGGACUGGUCGUAUGCUGGGACAUUAAACCAGAACAACUGGGCUAAGAAGUUCCCAUCUUGCAGCAAUGCCAAGCAGUCUCCCAUCAACAUGGAUGAGAGCCUGAGCCAGGUGAAGCAGCAGUUCCAGAUGCUGGAGCUGGACGGCUGGGAGGGCCUGACGGGAGACCGCACCAUCAUCAAGAAUGAUGGGAAGACAGUGGCAAUAAACGUGGAUGGGGACUUUUAUCUGAGUGGAGGGGGUCUCAGGUCAAAGUUUAAGGUGGGACGCAUCACAUUCCACUGGGGGCGCUGCAACACCUCCUCUGAGGGCUCAGAACACAGUCUGGAUGGAGUCAAGUACCCUCUUGAGAUGCAGAUCUACUCUUAUGAUGAAACCCAAUUCCGCUCCUUAGAUGAAUCCAUCAAGACCAGAGGUAGAAUCACAGCGCUCGCCGUUCUGAUCGAGACGAAACCAGAGGACAACAUGAACUUUGCUGCCAUCAUUGAUGGUGUCCUGAGCGUGAGCAGAUAUGGAAAAAGUGCAGAGAUGUCACCCUUCUCGCUUCAAGGCCUCUUGCCAAACUCCACAGAAAAGUACUUCACCUACAAUGGCUCCCUGACCACCCCGCCCUGCUUGGACACAGUGGAGUGGAUAGUCUUCAAGAAUGCGGUGGCCAUCUCUGAGCAGCAGCUGGAGGUCUUCUGUGAGGUGAUGACCAUGCAGCAGGCCGGCUACGUCAUGCUAAUGGACUACCUGCAGAACAACUACAGAGAACAGCAGGAGCAGUUUGUGGGUCAGGUGUUCUCCUCGUACACAGGGGUGGAGGAGAUCUCCACACCAGUCUGCAGCUCUGAGCCAGAGAACCUACAGGCAACGCCGUACAACAGCAGCAGCGUGCUGGUGACCUGGGAGCGGCCUCGUGCCGUGUACGACUCCAGCAUCAACACGUACUCCGUCACUUACAGACUGGCAGAUGAAGAAGACGCUGAGAUGUUCAGAUACAUGACUGAUGGCGAUCAGGAUGUGGGGGCGAUUCUGGAUGAUCUGGUAGCCAACAGAAGCUACAAUGUUCAGGUGAUGGCCAUCUGCUCCAACGGCCAGAAGGGGCGAGUGAGCGACCUACUGAAGGUCGUGGCGCCCCUGGAUGUUCCGGGAAACUCUCUGGAGCUAGAGUUCGAUGAGUAUGGGGAGGACGUCUUAAAAUCUGAGCUGUCCUGGAAUGAGCUUCACCAAACCAAGACUGAUGGUUUGCUUUGGGGGCCUUCAAUCGCAUUGAUGACGACCACUGCGGUUCCUGAAGAGGAUGUCACAGCUGCUGCUGCAGAGGCAGAUCCAGAAAGCACCGCAGAUUCAGGUCAAACUUCAAAGGACAUGCCCCACCGCAGUUCUUCCUCAGGACCACCAGAGAGUUCCACUCCUUCGUAUGCAAAAACACUUGGCGUAACACCGGAGGACUCCUCUGAUGGAGGAACCCUGACCGUCCCAAGCUCCGCUGAUCACCUGAUCACCAUGCCCCAUGCAGGAGCUGGCAGCACCUUCCCACCACCAUUUAUCCAGGGAUAUACUGAUGGAGAUCUGGCCUCCAGAGCCAGAGGCCUUCCAGACAGCACACCUGAACCCACAGAGGCCCCACCUCCUUCUUCAAGAACAAGAACUUCCAGCACGCUCCUAGUGUCUGCUCCUGACUCUGUCUUGUUGAGAGGUGUUCUCUUGCAGCCGACACAGCUGCCAUCCAACGGUGAGCCAAGCUCUGUAUUUACCCCGUCCUCCUCUUUUACCCCUCCCCUUCUGGAUCCAAGCUCCACCCUCUCCACCCGCUUGCUUGACCCUUCCACGCUGUGGGCUGUGUUUUCUGCCUCUCCACUGGACUCCCAGCAUGCUGCUUCUGCACACCUCCCUAGCAAAGACCUGGCUUCUCCUUCAGCCCCCACCCUGUCUGCCUCCCUAACCCCACCCCACCCCACUGACUUUGCGCACACCAGUGUUAGUAGUGAUGAUAGCAGCGGCGAUAAUGUGCAGUCUUGGUCCUCAAGUGGUCCCUCCGUUUUUGGUCCCACUCCCCCUUUGGAAGCAGUGCUCGAACUGUCCAGCACCCUGUCUGCUGAGUCCCUCUGGGACGUGUCCCUGUUAGGCCUCUCUCUGUCCCUCCAGCCAUCAGUCACGUUGUCUGGGGAGUUGAGUGCUUCUGGUGUGACUGCCAGUUUGUCCAGAUCAGUGCUGGGGCAGUCAGAGGACCCCAAGUAUGCUACAGGAAGCAAAAUAGAGUCAAUUUUCCCUGGGGUGGUCAGUGACGGCUUAGUUUUAGCAAGCGACGAGGACGUUCUGUGCAGCUGCUCCAUGGAACUGUACGCCUCCUCCUCCUGGUUUCAGGCCUCCUCUCAUGAACCUCUUUCAACAUCUGCAUGGGGUUCUUCUACCUUAGGGCUUUUCUCUGGUACUGCCCCCCUCUCGGCCUCUGGUGUGGGUAUGGACGCUUCUCUGUCUGCGGUGGGCUCUGGUGGUCCGCCUACAGGCCAGACGCCGCUCUUCCAUACUGCUGUUUCUCCCUCUCCGUCCUCCCAGUUUCUCCCUGCCUCCCACAGUGACCCACCAUUUUCUGUUACAGCUUCAGCCACAGUGGACUCUUGGUUCUUGGCGUCAAAGGAGAACGCUGCCAUCCAAACCCCCCUCCCCCCGUCCUCCCCCUCUGCUUCCCUGUUAGAUCCCGCCACAGAAGGACAUGUGUUGGACUCCAGCAGCAGUGCCUCUGGCUCUGCCCAGGAAUCCCAGGAGGGCAUAGAUCAGGAGUGGGACAGGGUUCAGAUCUCUGCUUCUGGGGAGGCUCUGCUCGAUUAUUCACCCCAGGUCUUUAGCACCACCCCUCCCUCCCUGGAACUUGAUCAGACACCAGAUGAUCUGGAAGAACACUCCUCAGCGUUUUACUUUGACAGUGGAAGCGGCAGCGCCUUCACAGUGGAAGUAGGGGGCACUGUGCGUCUAUCGGGUUCAAAGGUGACCCCAGCCCCGCCCUGGUCUGGGGGGCUGUCAGACGGAAGCGGCUCAGGGCAGGGCGACAGCCUCUAUGACAAUGAGACGUCUUCUGACUUCAGUAUCUCUGAACACACAGAAAGAGAGUUGGAGGAUGAAGAGCCAGCAGCAGAUGUUAGCAACAGUAGCCAUGAAUCCAGGGUGGGCUCCAUCAGCGAAGGUCAGAGGAAGGCUGUGCUGCCUCUGGCUGUCAUCUCCACCCUCACCGCGCUCGGUCUGAUCGUCCUCAUUGGAAUUCUGGUCUACUGGAGAGUGUGUUUUCAGACGGCGCACUUCUACAUCAAUGACACCUCAUCUGCCAGAGUCAUCAUUGCACAGCCGUCUGCUGCACCACAGGAUGAAGAGCAAACAGCGUUUCCUCUGAAGGACUUUGUUGAACAUGUGGCUGAUCUUCACAGCAGUCAAGGCUUCCAGCGAGAGUUUGAGAUGCUGAAGGAGAGUUACGAGGAGGUGCAGGAAUGCACAGUAGACAUGGAAAUGACGAUGGACAGUGCCAACCAUCCUGACAAUAAAGUCAAGAACAGAUACAGCAACAUCCUGGCCUAUGACCACAGCCGAGUACGGCUGCAGGCUCAUAAAGAUGGAAAGACAACAGACUACAUUAACGCCAACUUUGUGGAUGGUUUUCAGAAACCAGGUGCAUACAUUGCUGCUCAGGGACCAGUGAAGUCCACUACAGAAGACUUCUGGAGAAUGAUCUGGGAGAAAGACGUGCGCACCAUCGUUAUGAUCACAAACCUGGUGGAGAAAGGACGAAGGAAGUGUGAUCAGUACUGGCCUCUGGAGUUACAGGAGGAUUAUGGCAAUUUGUUGGUGACACUGAAGAGCAGCAAAGCCUUGGCCUUCUACACUGUGAGGACCUUCUCAGUGUGGGACACCCUAGGCAAAAAGGUCUCUCAGAAGGGGCGUGGCAAGGAACGAACAAUAACACAGUACCAUUACACCCAGUGGCCAGACAUGGGUGUCCCAGAAUUCACUCUGCCAAUCCUCAGCUUCAUCCGUAAGUCCUCUAGAGCAGGGCAGGAGGGACCGGGUCCCAUGCUGGUGCAUUGCAGCGCUGGGGUAGGCCGCACAGGAACGUACAUCGCUCUGGACAGCAUGCUAAAGCAGAUCCAGGAGGAAGGCAAAGUCAACAUCACAGGCUUCCUCAAGCAUAUCCGCACUCAACGAAACUACCUGGUUCAGACCAAGGAACAAUACAUCUUUAUCCAUGACACCCUGGUGGAAGCCAUCUUGUCUGGAGAGACAGAGGUGGCUGCAGCUCACCUGCACAGGUACGUCGGAGAACUGCUCACCCCAGGACCUUCUGGGAAGACAGGUCUGGACAAACAGUUUGAGCUACUCUGUCAGCCUGUGGUUCAGCAGAGGGAUCCUUCUUCAGCUCUGCAGGAGUCCAGCAGGAACAGGAGCAGUUCAGUCCUACCAGUAGAGAGGUCAAGAGUGUGUCUCUCCACUGCAGCUGGAGAAACCUCAGACUACAUAAAUGCAUCAUACAUUUCUGGUUACAGGUCGAGAAAUGAGUUCAUAAUUACCCAGCACCCUUUGCCAAGCACCAUCAGGGACUUCUGGAGGAUGGUGUGGGAACAUAAUGCUCCAGUCAUUGUGUCUCUGCCCGGGCCAAAGGCAGAAGAGCUUUGUGCCUUCUGGCCCCAUAAAGGUCAACCUUAUAACUACGGAGUGUUCACUGUGUCUCACAAGAGUGAGAAUCAUGUCUGUUUGUCCAAUGAGGACAUUCUGGUGGUCCAGGACUACAUGCUGGAAGCCACACAGGACGACUAUGUUCUGGAAGUAAGACAUUACCAGGCUGCCUGCUGGCCAAACCCAAACACUUCCAUCAGCCAGACUUUUGAGGUCCUCCGGCUGGUGAAAGAGGAAAACUCUUUAAAGGACGGUCCGAUCAUUGUCCACGAUGAUGUGGGUGGGGUCACAGCAGGAACGUUCUGCGCUCUGUCCUCUCUGAUGCAUCAGCUGGAGGUUGACGAUUCAGUUGAUGUGUUCCAAGUGGCCAAAAUGAUCAACCUCAUGAGACCAGGAGUCUUCAGCAACAUCGACCAGUUCCAGUUUCUGUACAAAGCCAUGCUCAGCCUCAUUGGUACUCAAGAAGACCAGAAGACCUUCCAGUCCUCCAACAGCAAUGGCACCAUUGUGGUGGGCGCUGCCAGCACUGCUGAAAGCCUUGAGUCUCUUGUGUAGCUGCCAGUCUUGAAAACAACUGACCCUCACAAACUUAAAUUCCUUGUUUUUCCAGCACAGCUCUGCCUCGUGAUGGCAGAGCUGUGCUGCGGUCUCUGUGCAGAAGUCCUGCCUCUGGAUUCUGGAUAGGGAGGGGCAUUCAUCUCUCCUCUUUGCUGAAUUUGGACUCUGUAUUUUUCAAAUUUUGUGCCUUCUGUAUGUUUGAUGCUUUCCUUCUAACUCUGAAACGGGCCCUAGAUUAACGUCAGCAGCCUUUAGCUAUGUUUGGAUGGAAAUAUUUCUUCCUAAAAUCCUUUAUUUAUUGGGAAGAAGAGAAACGCUGCAUCUUUUUGCAUAAAUACUUUGUUAGUUUGUCUUUUAUAGAGCUUUUGCACUGAACUUGAUGAAAACCAUAUAACCAUUGUAGGAGCUAAUAAUAAUAUUGUAAUGUAAAUAAUAUUAUGGUAAUCACCUCAAUGGACCAAAUUUAUAUUUAUCAUUUAGAUUUUUAUAUUUGAGGUAUUUUUAGUGCAUAACGAUUUGAGUCUGCUUAGCUGGGAAGCUUCUCUAACCUGUUCUAUAACAGACUAAAGUGAUGCUCGGUUUGAUAUGUAGCUGCCUGUAAAACCAGGUGGAUUAAAUCUGUGACAGAGCACCAGAGGGGAGCUGCUCCUUUGAUUCCCCAACUGUAAGCAAGAUGCCCACUGAGGCUCUGGACCCUUGGGCCCAAAGGGGCCAGCACUUCCACUGUGAGGUAUGUUUAAAAGAGAAACGCACUGGAGCCGGGUCAAUUCACAAAGAAACACUUAAUUAAGUCAAUCUCCAUUCCUUCCCAUGUAAAACAGCAGGAAUUAACAUUCGUACAGUUGGAAUCAAAAAAUUCAGUUUUGUGCUUAGAUUGAAUAUCUUAGAGGAAAUUUUUUAUGAACAUCAGAACUUUUUUACGUAUUUUGAAAAAGCUUUGAAAAGUAAUUUCACUGAUGGGGGUCAUCUCUAUAACAGCCUUACUUUGCUUAUUCCAACAGCUGUUUGCCCUGCCUAGUUGUCCAUUUUUGAAAAGGCAGGGUUUGACCAUUGACUGUUUAUGAGAACUGGGCUGAGUGACCCCUCCCCCCUGGCAUUCGAAACAAUAAGUACCACUGGUUUUAUAUGGAAGCGAUUGUGUAAAUAAAUAAAAAUAAAAGUCAAAACCAGAAAUGCUUUUUCAUUUUCAAAAUGAAGCUGCAUUUUUGACUCAAAGUU